AUGUUGUUAUAGUAAUAACUAAUAAUAGUAUCUGAAAAUGUCGCAGUUACUUCAUAAAGCGAAGGACUUUGUAUCCGACAAAAUCGGCGAUGUGGUUAAGCCUGAAGCGAGUGUGACCGACGUGGACUUCAAGCGCGUGACGAUGGAUAGUGCUGAGUACUUGGCAAAGGUCUGUGUUCAAAAUCCUUAUUCAACUCCAAUUCCCAUUUGUGAGGUCAACUACUCUUUCAAAAGCGCCAACAGGGAGAUUGCAUCAGGGACAAUACCAGAUCCAGGAUCCUUAAAGGCAAAGGAUAGAACAAUGGUGGAUGUACCUGUGAAGGUACCAUACAGCAUAUUGAUGAGUUUGGCAAGAGACAUUGGAGCUGAUUGGGAUAUUGACUAUCAAUUGGAUUUGGGUCUUAUUAUUGACCUUCCUGUUAUUGGCAAUUUUACCAUUCCUCUUUCUCAAAAGGGACAACUCAAGUUACCAAAACCUUUCUAAUAUUUAUUACUUUUUUUGUACCUUGUAAUGUUACUACUCUAUCAAUAUCAAUAUCAUCUUUAAUAAAUCACAUUAGAAAUUAAUCAAA